ACCCACCCACCAAUCCCUCACUAAUGGAGCCCGGAGACAAAAAUAACUCCCGCAGUGCGUGUAUGUGUGUGUGAUCUCACUGCUAUGUCCCCGUCCUGGGUGCGCUCUAAUAAUAGAGGAGGCUGCCUGCUCCUUUAAGACCCCUCUUGUUGCAUAUUACUCUACCAAAUAUUCAGUAACAAAAUGGUCAUCAAAGUGUUCCUCGCCUCUUCAUCGGGAUCCACAGCGAUCAAGAAAAAGCAGCAAGAUGUGGUGGGCUUCUUGGAGGCUCUUAAAGUGGACUACGCUGAGCUGGACAUCGCUUGCAACGAGGAUAACCGGAUGUGGAUGAGAAAAAACGUCCCAGAGGAGAAGAAGCCAGCAAACGGCAUCCCUCUACCUCCGCAGAUUUUCAAUGAAGAGAGCUACUGCGGGGAUUAUGACACAUUCUUCGAUGCUAAGGAGGACAACUCAGUGUAUUCCUUCCUGGGGCUGCCUCCUCCCCCUGGGUCAAAGGAAGCAGCGUUAGCUGACAAGGAGCGCGUUUUGGAGAACGGGACCCACACUGAGGAAAACUCUGUGGACUCAGCAGAGGUUCCGGAGGAGGAGCGCAACGGCGAUGCACAUGGGGAGGAAGAGGCGCAGGAACAGGUGGCUGAUGAGGAGGAAGGUCAGGGUGGAGAGGCAGGUGAUGAAGCCACGGAAGGAGAAGCAGCAGGAGACGAGGAGGGGGCGGAGGCAGUGGAAGAAAUAAAUGAGCAGGCCCAGGCAGAAGAGGAAGAAGAACAGAAGAAGAAGCUGAAGCACAAGAGGAAGAAGAGGCUGAGUAGUUUAAGCGAGGCGACAGCGAUGAUGACAACUCUAUCCUGUUCAGCCUGAAGGAGACCCUCUUUUCAUCUCACCCUGAUGCUUGACCCCCUCUGACCCGUCCAACAGCCUCUCCAUCUCUCCCGAUGCUUCACUGAACCCUCCUGGAAACCGCUGGUCAUGUGCUCGAAGGCGCCAUCCACACUGAGAAGUCCUAACCCGCAUUUGCCCCUCUCUUAUCCCUUUUGACUACAAUGUUGACUUAAUUUUUAUAUUUUGCGUGUAGAGACAUAGUGUAAUGUGAUGCGCAGAGUGGCCAAGUGGUAUUUGUUCAGAGUAGCUUUUGUAAAAUUUACAGUUGUCCAACAGAUUUAUCAUGUUAUACUGUAGGAAAUUGUAGUUUUCUAACACAAAGAGGCAGUGACUUUACCAAAAAGUGGUACUUUUCAUACCUUGGCUUGUAGCUCCUUGCUUUAAUAACUCACCAUCUUGUUACUGUAUUGUUCCUUUGUUCCAAUCUUGUGCUUAACCAACUCCUUUCAACAUCUGAUUGUAUAAAUGCCAACUGAGAUUACAAACUACUCCACCUCCACUACUACUACUUUUGUCAGAGCUGCUGUCUAAUCGAUGCACUUUGUUGAACAAAGAGUGAAACAUGUGGCUAAGACUUGGAUGCAAUGGAAAAUUAAAUUAAGUAGAAUUGUUUUAAAAA